AUGGCUCCACGAAAAGCUCAUGGUCAAGCGGGAGGUCUAACGCGAAGUGGUACCAAAAGAGGUACAUCUAGCGCUAGCCCUGCCGCUGCUCAGAGCGGCCUUCGUAGAGGGUUUGCAGACCAAGGUACUCUGCAAACCUCUGUUUCUAUAGCUUCGGCUGUCGAGGUCGUCGGUGUCAAGCGUCCUGCGUAUGGGAAGGAAGGACGUCGGAUUAAGAUUUUCGCAAAUGUUUGCGAAGCACCUGUUCCUGAAGGAAUGAUCUAUCAGUAUGACGUUCAAAUAUAUUUCGGCUAUGAUGAUAAGGAGAAGAAAUUCGAUAUGUCUUUGAACAGGUCUCUGUUUGAAAAGAUGCAGAACGACUUUGCGAGCAUCUUCACCCCGCCAGCGGUUUAUGAUGGGAAGAAGAUCGCAUUUGCAUCCCAUGAACUGGAUUUGGGCCCCUCUGCUGACAAGCGCCAGUUCGACUUGUGGUGUGACAAUGGUCCAGAUCGCCCCCCCAAGCAUUUUAUCAUCUGUUUGACGAAAUCGAGUGUCAUCAACUUGGAGGUCCUUCAACGGUUUACCAAGGGACAACAAUCACUUGAUAAUGAAGUAUGGAAGGCGCGCACUGCCUUCAACGUUGUUAUUCGAAUGGCCCCAUCUCUCAUGUACCCUUCGCGGGGCCGGUCAUUCUUCAUGCGCGAGGCCAAGUCUAUUGGCUUCGGUCUGUCGGUUUGCCAAGGGUACUUUCAGUCGAUAUUUCCCGCCGUCGACCGACUUCUCAUCAACGUCGACACUACGACUGGUAUUAUGUACAAGGACGGUCCUCUCAUAUCGCUAUGUCUUGAGUACCUCAGCUUGCCUCAAGACCAGGCCCACCAACUCGAUCCCCGACAAUUAUCUACGUAUGAGAGGAUUCGCCUUCAAAGAUUCCUCUCAGGAAUGAAGAUUGUUCCUACUCUAGCCAUCAGCGGGGCGCGCGGCAGGAAAGGGAAAUCUGUUACAGUCAAGAGGCUCACUGAUCAGCCAGCAUCGAUGCUGAGCUUCAAACCUCGUGGUGGAGGCGUGGAAACAACUGUUGCGGCAUACUUCCAAAGGCAAAACCAGCUGUUGCAGUAUCCACAUAUCAUAUGUGUAGAGACACCCUCAGGUGCAUUUAUACCCUUGGAGAAGUGUGAGGUACUUCCAGGACAAAUUAUCAAGAAAGAAAUCCUUCCGGAAGCCACAUCUGCCAUUGUCAAAUUCUCCACGAAGCCGCCUAAGGAACGACUCACAGCGAUAAAGAAAGGUGUCGAGUUGCUCCAGUAUGGACAAUCUGAGUACCUUAAGGCCUUUGGCUUGAAUGUCAAGUCAGACUUGCUGCCUUUCGAGAUUGAUGCCCGAGUUUUACCUGCUCCGAAGCUGCAAUAUGGAGGCAAUACCAUCAUUACUCCUGCAUUUGGCUCGUGGAAUAUGGUUGAUAAAAUAUUAUACAAACCAGCAUCAAUUAAAGAGUGGAUGGUCAUCAUCUAUGCUGACCACUCUUUGAUGCCUCUGAAGGAUGCACAGAAGAUGGUUGAUGACCUGGUUGCAGGAUGUCAGUCAGUGGGCAUGACAGUAGAAAUGCCAUUUCCAAUGCUCAUAUAUGAGAAUGGAGCUGGGAAUAUUUCUGAGCAACUUAUGCAAGCGAGUGAUCGCUACAAGACACAGCGUUAUUGCUUUCCUGAUCUAAUUGUGGCCAUUCUUCCAGACUAUGGCAAUUCUGGUAUGUAUAACACAAUCAAACAUUUUGGGCAAUUCAAAGCUGGCAUUGCUAUACAAUGUCUCAAAGCUGGAAAUUGCAUCAAAGCCAAGAUACAAUACUGGGCAAACGUUGCACUGAAGAUUAAUCUGAAACUUGGUGGCAUCAAUGUUAUUCCUGCUAGUGAAAGUUUCAAAGUGAUAUCAGACCCACAGAAUGCUACAAUUGUAAUGGGUGCUGAUGUUAUGCAUCCUGCUCCAGGAAGCAUUGCACCAUCAUAUGCUGCAUUGGUAUCAAGUGUUGACAAGUUGGGCAUGAAGUAUAUUGCAAAAAGUAGUAUGCAAACAUCAAGGCAAGAGAUGAUAUCUAGUCUGAGAGAUAUGGCAAAGAAAGCUAUUCAGUCAUAUAUUAAAAAUAGGUCUGAUGUUGAGAAAAUUACAACUGCACUUGCAAAGCCUAAGCGUUUGAUUUUUUUUCGAGAUGGAGUAUCAGAAGGGGAAUUUGAGCAGAUUCUAGAAAAAGAACUUCCACUUUUGAAAGCUGCAUGUCAAGAUGUCAAUGUGAAUCCUAAGAUUACUUUUAUCAUAGUAAUCAAGAGACAUCAUAUUCGAUUUUUCUCUGAUGAACAUAAAGACAUUGAUAAAAGUGGGAAUCUUAUUGCAGGAACUGUUGUUGAUCAAGAUAUUACCAGUCCAGUUCUUUUUGACUGGUUCUUGCAGAGCCAUGGUGGUUUAAAAGGCACUAGUCGAAGUGCACAUUACACUGUUCUUCAUGAUGAGUCUAAUUUUAGUCCAGAUGCUUUGCAAGAGCUCUGCUAUGUGUUAUGCCACACAUUUGCAAGAGCUACAAAGUCUGUUAGUAUUCCUGCACCUGUGUAUUAUGCACAUAUAGUCUGUAGUAAAGCAAAACAGCAUUAUCUUAUGGGUUCAACAAUCUCAGAUGCUGAGAUCUCUGGUUCAGUAGAGUAUGAUUACAUCAUGGAAUGCCACAGGAGUGAAUACAAGGCAGAGGUUCAUCCAAACCAACAGAAUGCCAUGUAUUGGAUGUGAAUGACAGACAUUCAUUGAUGGACUGUGCUGUGUAAUACUACCUAUCUAUUCAACUCAUCUGAAUACUUUCUUUUUUUUAUGCUGUUAUCUUUACAUGCUUUGUCUCUGUCUCUUUCUGUGAAAUAAAUAGUGUCUGCAAUGCUUGUAUAUUUUGUGAAAAUAAAACAAAAUAAUUAUUAUU